AAAGUAAGUGCCGAGAGGAUGUUCGUGGCCUGGCGAUUACGUGAUGCGUUCCACACCUGCCAAGUCGCAGCCUUGUGACUUUUGAGGAAUGCAAGGGGAAAAGGCCAUCGACAUUGCAAAUAGACUAAAGGGAAGUGAAAUUUUUCUUAAAAUCUAAAGAUGAAGAUUUUUCAGACCAUUUACAGGCAGCUCAGAAAUUCAAGAGGGUUCUCUGUGGAACCAGCCACUUGUGUGGGUUUCUCUACUUCUCAUUCAUGUGGAGGGAAGAAAAAGGUGAACUCCUAUGAAGGAGACCAAGAAAAAUACUCUGAUUUAGUACGUUCUGUGUUGUCAUUCAGAAGCCAUGCUCGAACCCCAGAAUCACUGUUUGAGGAAGAUGCUUUACUCUCUGGACCUGUGAGUAAGCACAAGGCCCCAAAGCAAGAUGAGAAAACAAAGGUUCCACAAAACUGGUUUCCUCUCUUAAAUCCAGGGAAAAGAUCACAUGUAACAAGUGACCUUUCCAUUCCACUGAAAAUCCCUUUGCAAAGGAAUAAGAUCCCAAGUGUGACCCGGGUCCUACAGCAGACCAUGACAUCAGAACAGAUCUUCUAUUUGGAGAGGUGGAAACAGCGGAUGGUUCAAGAACUGGGAGAAGAUGGCUUUGCCGACUAUCAGUCAAACAUAUUUUUACAAGGAAAACAAUUCCAUGAAGCCUUGGAGAGCAUACUUUCAUCCCAGGGGACUUCAAAAGAGAAAGGUGGAAAUCUGGCAUCUGGCUACAUUGAAAGUAUCCAGCAUGUUCUGAAAGAUGUCAGUGGAGUGCGAGUUCUUGAAAGCGCUGUUCAACAUGAAGCCCUACAGUACAUGGGUCUGCUAGACUGCGUGGCUGAGUAUCAAGGAAAGCUGUGUGUGAUUGACUGGAAGACAUCAGAGAAACCGAAGCCUUUUAUCCAAAAUACAUUUGACAAUCCGUUGCAAGUUGUGGCCUACAUUGGUGCCGUAAACCAUGAUGCAAGUUAUAGCUUUCAGGUUCAGUGUGGCUUAAUUGUGGUGGCUUACAAAGAUGGGACCCCUGCCCACCCACACAUCAUGGACACAGAACUCUGCUCUCAGUACUGGUCUAAGUGGCUUCUUCGACUAGAAGAAUAUAAAGAGAAGGAAAAGAACCAAAGUAUUCAGAAUCCACAUUAGGGGAAGACAGCAUAUGGGACAUUCAGUAAUUUUGCAAGCUUGGGAAGAUCUAUUACUGUUUACUGUAAUUAAAAAUGGAGAUACCAGAAGUGCUAUAUUAACCCAAGAAGUAUUCAUUUGAUGAAAUGUCUUGUAACUAAAGCAACUGAAAAGCCAGAACCUUUUAGAUGUAAAGAGCUGAACUCUAGCGCAUCGAAUGCCAACAGUUUACCUGAAAGAGGAUGAGCCUGGUUGGCACAACCUUGAUGACUUGGGCUGCUGUAUAGACUGGUUGUCCUGGGCAGGAUGCCCAGUCUUUGAAUUAGAGAUUGAAAGGCAGUGAGGCUUGAUAUGCCAAGCAACAAGAGGUGCUUGCUCCUCAGUUUUCCCUGGGAAGACACUGGCAGAGGGAGAAGACAGCUGCUUCCAAGAUAUAUAUGAAGGAGAGCUCCCAUUAGCCAAGUGCUAUGCCAACAUGGUUUCCUUGGAGCUUUUUUAUAUAUUGGGGUUCUGUGUGGUUUGGAGAUGAGAAAGGCUUCCGUUUAAAAAAAUUUUUGAAAAGUAUGUAAUUCUUUAAUUUCAAAUAAACAUUAUGCUUCAGGAAAUGGAGCAUAUUCA